UUGCAUGACAUCAUAUUUGCACUUCAUCGUGAUGUCUUUAAAGCAACAGACUUUUCAUUUCCAAACCUAAAGUUCAAACUCAAGUUUGUUUUACUGUCCCAUAUAAGUUCGUCCAGUAGUUCCCCUCCUCCAGGUGCACGCCCUUUGUGAGAGUCAGGGGUAAAAAACAAAAAAAAAAAUCACGGAAGAGAGUCGGGCAGCGGUUCGAGUCUGACAAGUUUUUUGACGAAGGGAGUAAAAAGGGAAAGGAAAAGAGGUUUUACUGCAGCUACCGUGAAGUGUCAAUCCCUGCUGUCCUCAAUUUAGGAGCGAAAGGAAAAAUGGAGGCAGCUAUUAAAACAGUAGUUGGGGUCUUUCUGAAGUCGGCCAAGGGAAAAGAAAACCUUGGAGCGAAAGAGUUUCAGAGUCUUGUGAAGAAUCAACUGAAGAACAUUCUAGUGGGCACAGAAGACAAUGAAGCAGUGAAAAACAUGCGUAAAGAUCUUGACAACAACCAGGAUGGCAAGGUCAGCUUCCAAGAGUACAUGACUCUGAUCGGCUACUUGGCGGAGUCGGUCAGCACUCAGCGUUGUAGGGAAAACGAAUCGCAAGCUGAAAGUUCAGCCCAGGAAACGGCCGCAGCGAACGCAGAGCCACAGCAGGCAGAACCGAAGGAAGAACCGAAGGUAGAACCACAGGCAGAACCACAGGCAGAACCACAAGCAGCGAAGGAGGAGCCGGCGGUCGAAGAGGCGGCGGCCGAGGAGGAGAAGCCGGAGGAAGAGAAGGCAGAGCAGGACGAGGUCCAACCGGCAGAGAAGCAAGCUGAAGAGCAGAAUAAACCCGAGGAAGCCUCGUAGGAGAUCGAGGAAGAUGAGAUUUGCAAAUCUUAAGUUUUUGUGUUUGUUUUACUUUUGUCAUUUUCCUUAUUGUGAUCUUUUAAACACACACAAGAAACCCGGCCAACACGCUACAAAUUGUUACUGCAAAGUUUUCGAUAUUACUAAUCUCUGAUUUCAAUAACACUCCAUACCUGUGAUUCAUUUUUUUUAUCGAUUGUGUGCCCAAUGGGAGCUAUGAUCAGAGGGCUGCAAUAACUAAUGUCAAUAUCUUUAUAUAUGAGCCAGAGUUGUUGUAAGGGUACUGCAACCACUGUCUUCCCUCUUCAAUAUCUUUAUAAAGCCACCGUGAAUGAAGACAAGGAAGAAUUUGUACGGCAGAGUUGUGUAUUGUGUUCCUCUGCUAUUGUUUACUGCUCGCUUGUGCCACUUUCUAAUGACAGGGUUACUCAGUUGACUCCGGUGCUAGACGUACAUUUGUUUUUCCUAGUGUUGCAGUAAUUUAAAAAUCCCUAUGAGCCUGUUUUUAUUUUAUUUUUUUUGUUUUUAUGAAGUGGCAUUUUUCCAAAUAUCACCAAAUUAAGUGCAGGGCUUGCGUUGUGGCGCAAAUCCCUUGUGAAAUGUAACCAUUGUUUUACUACAAACAUCAUGGCCGAGCAAUGGGUACUGUAUUGGGACGAUGGUAAAUUUGCGGUUACACCGCAAAUAGCACAGUAAAACUAUGGUUAAUUUUCAUAACGGAUGGGAACGCUGACUUAAGUCCGAAUGCUUUGUUGUUCACAUUUCUGCCAAAUUUGCAUGAGAAUAAAGCAAUUUUGUUUUAAAUAAUGUAGUUUUAUGGCAUGCUUUAACAUUCUGGCUUUGGUAUCUAACGCUAUCAUACACCCUCCAUUAUCUGUCUCUGCCUUAUUGUAGUCUUUCACAUGCUUACAUGACAUUUAUGCAUUUAGCAGCUGUUUUUAUCCAACAACAAAGCGAUUUGACAUGCUUACCAUUUAAAUUUAUGUCCCAUUAAUUUGCUUUAAGAGCUAAACAUAUUAGUGUACUUAUGAUGGCUGGCACUUAAUAAUUAAAAGCCUUUGAGAUGGAAUCUACACCGGGGACCCUCGUGGCCCCGUGGGAGCCCCAAGUAAACUCAAAGUAUCAUAUUGGUAACAUAGGACCCUUAAAUAAGAUAAGAGGUGCAACAAAAACAUUUUAAAUAUUAAAUUAUAUUUGCGCUUUCACAUCUAACACACAUGAUCGCUUUGCAAAAAUAUAAUCUUUGCUAAUUUAGAGCUUAGAGACGCACUUAUUAAAGCGGGAAGGGGAGGUUAGCGGUGCGAGAGAAUCUAAAAAAAAAGACCACUAAUAUAUUUUUGUAUCAUUUGUAUGUAGCUACAAUUUUAUAUUAGGCAUAUCAAUUUGUAUAUCAUCAUGUAUCAUCUAAACACUUGUUCUAGUCGAUCUAACGGGCAACCUUAUCUUAGCGUUCCUUGAAUUCUUCACCGAUUAUCAAUGAUUCAAUGAAUUUUGAUAUGUGGCGCAGACGUGACUUUUUCCUAUCAUCGUGUCAUGAAAGCCAUAACGUGAACGAAUCCAAAUACUGGACUAAACACGAAUUCACAAACAAAGCCUUUCUGUACUUUCACCGUGUAUCCAUUAGGUAUCUCUGUACGGCCUAACAGUUUACAUAAUACAUUUUAGAUAAUCCAUUAUGCAUUAUAGAGAUAUGUAUAGCCUACAUCAGUGUGAAAUCCUACGCUGCCUAAAAUGCACUCAUUCAGAGCAUGCUAAUGAGGUCUCAUUUAGCUCAUGCUAUCAUGUAUAUCCCGGCCACGUAAAACCGCCGCCGUUACGGCCUUGUUUGCUUUGGCGUGUCUGACUACACAAACGUCACGGCGGGUAAUGCAUGCUUCAACUAUACUUAGCAUCAUAACGCUAUCAGAAACACGAUAGCCUGUUACAAUCAUCCUGCUAACAUCUCUGAACACGCAGGUGUGAUGUAUGCUACAUGUCUUAGCUAUAUGUUGUGAUGUGGAAAACACCAUUGUAUACUGUAGUAUACUUUAGUAUUUACUAUAAUAAACUAAAGUGAAAGAUACUAUAGUGUUUUAAACCUUACCAUAGUACAUGUUUAAGGAUAAUGCCUUAUAAUACUGUAGUAUACAUUGACAACAUACUACAGUAUAGCCUACUAAAAUUGAAUGGUUUACUCUAGUAAAUACUAAAGUAUACUACAGUAUUUUUUUCAUGUGGAAUGCACUAGUAUGCACAUAAUAUGGCCUUUUAAUUCAAUUUCUAGAGUUCAAAUGUUAUAUAAAAAGCCUUUAUGAAAAUUAACCAUGGUUUUAUUAUAGUUAAAGUGUGGUACCCAAGGAUUCAAUUUUAUUUUUGUAUAACCAUCAUAAAACAUCAGUGGUUACUGUAGCAAAACCAUGGUUAAUUUGUAGUUACCAUAGUUAAACCAUAGUUUUUGGUUUUUAUUUUUUUUAUCAUAAUCUAAUUUCCCACCACUAUAAUCUCACUAUUUUAUCUUUUUGGCCUUACUAGUUUAUUUUAAAUAGUCCUGUGGUGUUUUAUGAAAAUGCAUAGAAGUAUAAUAAAGACGUAUUUCUUGUAAACAUAUAUAUAUCAUAUACCCAUAUGUAUGUUAUUUCAUAUACGCAUGUUAGCUUUAACCUCUAAGUUGGUAACGUGUGCACAAAUAAAAAAUAAAGCAUAAGAAAAACACAAUAACCUUUUUUUUUUCAAUCUAACAGCAGUACAGUUUACAGCCCAGGCAGGGUGACAUCUCUAGUUUAUUCAACUAAUGCAUUUCAUUAACUGUACAUAUCCGCUCAAUACGCUGGCUUUAUUUCCUAUGCUGUGUGAUUGACCAUCUCUAACUGCUCAACAAUAAAGGACUGUAAUGCAAA